AUGGUUCCAUCGGACAGAAGAAGCUCGUGGAGCAUGCUGGCAACUGUUCUGCUCACAGUUCUCAAUUUCACUAUAGUUGAUCCUUAUCCAAGUCAUAUUAUAAUAAAGUCAUUUGGAAACAAUGAGGAGGUUUCGAGAGUAGCACUAAAAGCAAUGGAAUACACAUCAGAUCAUAUUAAUUCCAGAGAUGAUGUACCAUUCAAACUCGCAUUUGACCACCGAGUAGUCGAAGAAGGAGCAGCCGUCUCUUGGAAUAUGGUGAACGCCGUUUGUGAUGAAUUGAAAGAAGGUGCAAUGGCAUUACUCUCAAGUGUCGACGGAAAAGGAAUCGAGGGAAUUCGUGGAGUUUCUGAUGCUCUUGAAAUGCCAUUAAUCUCAUUGACUGCUCCAAAUAAUGACGAACAACAACAAUUUGGAAAUCUAUUUGAAGUUUCUGUCCGUCCUCCGAUCAGUGAACUUUUGGCAGAUUUCAUUGUUCAUAAAGGAUGGAGUGAGGUUCUUGUGAUGAUUGAUCCACUUCAUGCAAGUCUCCAUCUUCCAUCCCUCUGGCGUCAUCUGAGAACUCGGACCAAUACUUCAGUGAAGGCGUCGAUGUUUGAUCUUCCGUCAGAUGAAGCUCAAUUUGAAUCCUAUCUAAUGCAGUUCAAUAUGAUGAGAAACAACGAGACGAAUCGUAUUUUGAUUGAUUGUGCUUCCCCGAAACGACUGAAAAAACUUCUAAUCAAUAUCAGAUCAGCACAAUUUAACCAGGCCAACUAUCAUUAUGUGCUAGCCAACUAUGAUUUCCUACCAUACGAUCAAGAAAUGUUCCAAAACGGAAACAUCAACAUAUCAGGAUUCAAUAUAAUAAACAAAGAUGGCAGAGAGUAUUGGUCACUGAAAAAACAUCUGAAGACGUCAUCAUCUUUGGGUGGAGGAGAUGAUGUUAGUGUUGAAGCUGCAGUUGGACACGACUCCAUGUUGGUGACGUGGCAUGGGUUUGCGAAAUGCUUGCAAGCCAACGACUCCUUGUUCCAUGGCACAUUUAGGCAUCGGAGAUUUUUCAAUAGAGGAUUUCCAGGUAUCUACUGUGAUCCUCUAUCUGAUCGUUCUCAUCCGAACCGCCCGUUUUCAUCAUUCGAGCAUGGAAAAACAAUCGGAGUGGCAUUUCGAAAUAUGAAAAUAGGUGCCAAAGAGGGAACUCUAACUGGAAAUAUCGAAUUUGAUCGAUUUGGAAACCGGAAGAAUUUCGAUGUCUCUAUUGUGGAUUUGGUAUCAAACACCAAGGCAACAUUCAACUCAAAAGAAGUGUUAGCAUGGCGCCAAGGUGUCGGAUUUUUCUCGAAUCGAACCGUUGCCCAACAUUCUCGAAAAAGUCAAAGUGAUCAUAAAGAUAAUCAAGUGAUUGUACUCACAAAUUUAGUUGCUCCGUUCGUAAUGAUAAAAAGAGAAUGCGUAGAGAUGGGAAAUCUAACCGAAUGCCAGGGAAAUAACAAGUUCGAAGGAUUUUGUAUCGAUUUGUUGAAACUGUUGGCUGACAAAAUUGAAGGGUUCAAUUAUGUUAUUAAAUUAGGGACCAAGGUUGGCUAUUGUGGGAAUCUAUUUAAAAUGUUUUUGAGUUUUCAGGCGGGUUCCAAACAACCAGAUGGAAGUUGGGACGGAAUGAUUGGCGAACUUUUGAAUGGAAAUGCUCAUGCUGUCGUUGCUUCAUUGACAAUCAAUCAGGAGAGAGAACGAGUCGUUGAUUUUUCUAAACCAUUCAUGACAACUGGAAUCUCGAUUAUGAUUAAGAAACCCGACAAGCAAGAGUUUUCUGUUUUCUCAUUCAUGCAACCGCUUAGUACUGAGAUUUGGAUGUACAUCAUAUUUGCUUACAUUGGGGUAUCCGUUGUGAUCUUCUUGGUAUCUCGCUUUUCCCCGUAUGAAUGGAGAGUUGAAGAAACUUCUAGAGGAGGAUUUACGAUUUCCAAUGAUUUCUCAGUCUACAAUUGUCUUUGGUUCACAUUAGCAGCAUUCAUGCAGCAAGGAACUGAUAUCUUACCCAGGUCCAUUUCUGGACGAAUCGCUUCUUCGGCCUGGUGGUUCUUCACUAUGAUUAUUGUAUCUUCCUAUACUGCCAAUCUUGCCGCUUUUCUAACUCUUGAAAAAAUGCAAGCUCCUAUUGAAAGUGUAGAGGAUCUUGCAAAACAGACAAAAAUAAAAUACGGAAUUCAAGGAGGUGGAUCCACUGCUUCAUUCUUCAAGUACUCUUCUGUUCAAAUUUAUCAAAGGAUGUGGAGAUAUAUGGAGUCUCAAGUUCCUCCAGUUUUUGUUGCAAGUUAUGCAGAAGGAAUUGAGAGAGUUAGAAGUCAUAAAGGAAGGUACGCAUUCCUCCUAGAAGCAACUGCAAAUGAAUAUGAGAACACGAGGAAGCCGUGUGAUACUAUGAAAGUUGGAGCAAACCUGAAUAGUAUUGGAUAUGGAAUCGCUACUCCGUUUGGUUCCGAUUGGAAGGAUCACAUUAAUCUAGCAAUUUUGGCUCUUCAAGAAAGAGGAGAACUCAAAAAACUGGAGAACAAAUGGUGGUACGAUAGAGGUCAAUGUGAUGCGGCACUGACUGUAGACGGGUCAUCAGCCAGUUUGAAUCUUUCGAAAGUGGCUGGUAUAUUUUAUAUUCUGAUGGGAGGAAUGGUUAUUUCAAUGUUGGCUGCACUUGGAGAGUUUCUCUAUAGGAGUAGAAUAGAAGCAAGAAAAUCAAACUCGAAUUCAAUGGUUGCGAAUUUCGCGAAAAAUCUGAAAAGUGCGUUGUCAUCUCAACUAAGGUUGUCGAUAGAAGGAGGAGCAGUGGCACAACCUGGAUCUCAAUCUCAUAAUGCCAUCAGAAGGCAACAGGUAGCCGCAUUUCUUCCAGCUAAUGAAAAAGAGGCCUUCAAUAAUGUGGAUCGUCCUGCCAGUACACUAUACAAUACAGCAGUUUGA